AUGUGUCUGUUUUCAUUCACAUCACUAAUUGGACAGAAUUGCAGUGUUUCAAAACUCAAAGCUUUUUUUUUUAACAUCAUGUGUCUGAGUGUGCACCAGAACUAGCCCAUUAAGAAGAAAGCUGCUUUGGGCUUCUGAUACAUGAAAAAAGCUGACAAGUUUUGCUUGAAAGACAUAAACCUUGGGCUAGUCAGUGUUACCAUUGCAAAUAUGGUUACUUCACAUCCUCUGCCUGUAGGCUUCACUGAAUUAGAGAUGGUUGGUUUUGGCACUGUCUUGUUGGUGGAAGCUCUGCUUGGGUUCUGUCUGAAUGGCUUGACAAUCAUUUCUUUUCACAAAAUCAAAGAGCUCCGAACUCCCAGUAACUUCCUGGUUCUCAGUGUUGCACUGGCUGAUUGUGGGAUCUGCAUCAAUGCAUUCAUUGCUGCUUUUUCCAGCUUCCUAAGGUACUGGCCCUAUGGUUCUGAUGGUUGUCAGAUUCAUGGAUUUCAGGGCUUUGUGACAGCACUGGCAAGCAUUAGUUCUUCUGCUGCAGUUGCCUGGGACCGGUAUCAUCACUAUUGUACCAGAAGUAAGAUCCAAUGGAGCACAGCUAUCACAAUGGUCAUAUUUGUGUGGGUGUUCUCUGCAUUUUGGUCUGUCAUGCCACUGUUGGGGUGGGGUGAAUAUGACUAUGAGCCCCUAAGAACUUGCUGCACAUUGGACUAUACCAAAGGAGACAGAAAUUUCGUCACAUUCCUUUUUGUGAUGGCCAUUUUCAAUUUUGUGAUUCCUAUCUUCAUCAUGCUGACAGCUUACCAAUCUAUAGAGCAGAAAUUCAAGAAAAGUGGACAGUUCAAGUUCAAUACAAGUUUACCAGUGAAGACGCUGGUCAUUUGCUGGGGUCCCUACUCCCUUUUAUGCUUCUAUGCUGCAGUUGAGAAUGUGACUUUCAUCUCACCAAAACUCCGCAUGAUUCCUGCCAUUAUUGCCAAGACUGUGCCAACAGUUAAUGCCUUUGUCUAUGCCCUGGGAAAUGAGAACUACAGAGGAGGAAUCUGGCAGUUUCUCACAGGACAGAAGAUUGAGAAAGCAGAGGUUGAUAACAAAACUAAGUAACACGGUACAGCUUUGAGCUAAAUAAAUGCAGACGCAUGACGCAAAGCAAAACCAGCGGAGGACACCAUGUACGUACGCUAACUUUAAUUAAAGGUGGUUCCACAUUGGAAAGGUUCUGCGUGGUCUACAAGCAAUGAAAUAUUGAAAGAAAGUCAUGUGGAUAACUGUUGCAUUUCUCUUUCAAUCUAUCAUGAGCUGCUUGUCAAACAAGCUGCCUUAAACCAGUGUUGGUUGUUGUCCGUCUCAUUUUAUAUGUCACUGCAAAUAAACUGUGUGCUGUGAAGUAUAUUUUUUCUGCUGGGCUAAGAACUAAGUUUAGAAAAUGAAUGUUGGAGGUUAGGUUGUCCCAUGAGGUCUACCAGUAUUAAUUUGUAUUCAGGUAACCAAAAGAUUAAAGAAAUAUCUAGACUUAUAUACUAUAUGUUUUGUUAAUGGCAUGUUCAUCUGUAUAUUUUAAUUUCAUGUAAUACAGAAGAUUGCCAUUUUAGGGCCUGAAUAUACUAUCCCUAUUUUGUCAGGUUUGGGUCACUUCAACAGAUUCUUUUUUCUAGAUAAGGAGCACUGGAUUGUGCUCUAUUUGGUUUAACCAAAUCAAACUGCAUAUCUUUCAGAUUCCUAUUUAACUUCACUUGUUCUAUUCACCAUGACAAUCAGUCAAGUAAUCGGUUUACUUCAUUACCUUGUUACAUUUUUUUUCUCAAACACUGAACAGAGACUGGAAGAGAAUUUAGGCCAAAUUCUGUUCUGAAAUAUGGAUGUAAAUCUGAAGUAAUUCCCCUGUUGUCACUGAAAUCCCCUGACUGCAGUGUUUAUUCUGGAAUAACUGAGCGCAAUUGUGAGUAAUGAAGAAUCAAAGGUUUUGAGUGGGAAAAUAGCCAGUUAAUCCCCAAAUGAGGGCUAUUAAAAUGUAUUGUGAAUGAUCUGUAUGUGAAUUUAAGACUUUUCUGUUUCAUCAUGUUGUUCAUGAUGCCUGUACAACUGAAAGCUGGCAGUUAGACAUCACUAGCUAUCACAAGAUGUGUCUCUGAAUGACCUAUUUACAAAAAUCGGUUUCAUGACACAUUAGAAUGAAAGAGCGAUUGUUUGUACAGAGACUCAAAUCCAAUUGAUUCUUAGGAGGAGCUCAUGGUUAAUUUCCAAACAUUUAAAGUAACAGUUUUUUAAUCAAAGGAAAGACAAGUCUUAUCAGUCACAGUUGCCAUUUCCAAUGCACAAUUUAUUGGAAGGGGGAGAGUGUUGAGUAGUGGGAUACAGAAAGGUAGAAUGGUGCAGCACUAGAGAAUAAAUCAUUAAACAAAGCUGUGUAUUUUCCAUAAGGGUAUUCUCUGUGAAAACUUUUCUUACAUAUUUCCAUCCUGGAACACAAAGGUUUAUGUUUAUGUGCUUAGAACUAAAUUCUAAGGCCUACCCAGCAUUUAGUUAUCCCACGCACAGGUAAAUUCAUAUUGGUUUCAAAAGGAACAUGGCUCAGUAAAGACCUCACAAUUUGGCCUUCAGUGCAUUUUUAAAGUAAUCUGAUGCAUUGUGUAUUGUGAUAAAAUUUUAGGAGUGGGAAGGGUGGUAUUUGAUAUGGGACAGAGCUUAUUUUGUGUUCCUUACCUCCCUGCAUGAUUACAAGUUUCAACAGUGCCUACAGUAACCUUUGUUUAGUUUUUAUGUAUCCAUAUACUGUAUGUUGAAAGCUCUGAGGGGUGAGUUUUAAUAUUUAUUGUGUUUAAGGUUGCACAAUAUUCUAUAAGCCUCUAGAAAAAUGGCAACCCUGCUAUGAGCCGGUAACAGUCUAAGAGUCACACAUCACAUCUGAAAAUGCAUAAGGUGUUGUGGACUCUCAAAAGGGUUGGAGUUAGUUUGAAUAAAUACAGAGCAGGGUACAAAUACAAACUUUUGGGUGCUCAUGCACAUUAUCUGCAGUGAUUGAGUCUGCAAAAUUUGGUUUGAAGUCUCACAAGGACAUGUUUAUUCAUGAAACUUUGUUGUAUGCUUUUCAUCAGGCCAGAAAGCAUGGGGAAAACAUAUAUCUCUCAUGAUCUCUCAGCACUUCCCCAGUUUGGUCCAAGCUAACAGCUGAAAAUACAAAGGCCGUUUUACAGAAAGGAGAGGGAAAGUUAGGGACAAAGAUACUCAAACCUUUCACAUUUACAGAAAGGUCCAAGACCUAUAAUUGAGAUCUAGAUGCAAACCUGAACCUUUUCAAGGCACAUGGUUGUUUUGAUCUAGGACUUUGUUUAUUCUUCUAAAUUCCGAUCCAGCUCUGGAUCUAUAUCUCAACUUCCUCAAAUUUCUACAGACUGGGUAAGCCAAUAUAGCUUGGGCCUCAAAAGAAAGGGUUGUCAUUUGCUUGGAAAAGGCAGUUUUGCUUCCUAUAAAAACAAGAACUCUUCUCGUCUGUGUACCAUUACAACUGAGGAGACACAGACCAGUCAUCCAGGGGUUGGUUAUUAGUAUUUGUAAAGGAGAAAACUAUCCAAAAAACUGAAUGCUAAUUAAAAAGGCAAAUGAGUCAAGAAAAAUCGGAUAUAAGUUGAAAUAACAGUGUUGUAUAGACACACCCUG